GCGACGUUGGAGUGGUCCGAGGAAGAGGAGCGGAGCUGCGACUCCCCACGGAGCAGGACCACCGCUUGCUACCGCCUCUAUGAAACCGACCGCCGAAGUUCUGUUUGCCCGGCGCUCAACUCUCCACAGGGACUAAAAGUUAACGGCUGUUUUUUUUUUUUUUUCUUGAAGUUUUCCUCUCUCUCUCAGGCGGUUAAAGUCGAGCAGGUUUGGAGAGCUCUUCCUGUUCCCAGAGCUCCUUCAUAACACAGCCAGCAUGGAUGUUGCGGCGCACGGGAAUGCGGGAUUUCCUGUGUGGCCACCGCAGUGUUGCGUUCAGGCGCACUUUCUGGAUCCUCGGGCUUAAAUAAUGAAGAGCGGUCAGAGCUUGAAGGUUGUCGUAAAAACAGUGGUUGGCUGAAGUGAAUGCUCCUUUUCCUGCUAUUCUUCUCCUCCUCUGCGCUUCCUGCUGCUGCUGGCCCCUGCUCCUAAUGGCUAAAAAUACAGAAAAAACUCAACAUGGACGUCCGAGUGUGUGAGAAACUGUGAUUUCUGAGUCUUAUGAAGCAGCUUUAGUCCUAAAGUUUAGAGUCUUCAGAGUUGGAAGCUGUAACAGGUGGUGAUGGAUGGAGGGAGGGGGGGUAGGAGCAGAUCAGCCAUGAUGACUUGAUUCCAGAAGCUGAUAAUGUAGUCAGGCCAUGUGCAGGGAAACCACACACCUCAUCAAUGUUACAGAGACUGCUGCCUCUGAGAUUCCAUACAGGUCUGAGGAAGCCAGAGAUGAGAAGAUUUGAGUUUGUGAGGCGAUUGGUUUCCUUUUGUCCCUGAAUCUACGGCCCGGCGGUUGGGCUGACCUCUGACCUCAUCUCCUUGGUCCCUGAUGAGACAACAGGAAAGGGAGCAAGGUGUGAUAAAGUACUCUUUACUCUCAGGCCCCCGGAGCGUCCGGUCGGGUCAUCUAGCGGAGGCUCCAUGGAGCCGCUGAAGAACAUAUUCGGUCGGAGCUCGCUGUCCAACUGGAAGAAUCUGGAGCAGUCCAAAAAAGGGAACUUCAUCAACCCCGUUUGGACGGCUUUGUUCGACUACGAGGCCUCCUGUAAGGAUGAGCUCACCUUGCGUAAAGGUGAUCUUGUGGAGGUCCUCUCGCAGGACUCCGAGAUAUCUGGGGAUGAGGGCUGGUGGGCCGGGAAGGUCAACAACAAGGUGGGCAUCUUCCCAUCCAACUAUGGCUCCUUCGCCAGCGGAUACGCCAAGCUGCCAGGAAGCAGCGUGGUGGAGGAGCUGAACCGCGCCGUGGUGGGCAACGUCGAUCCGGAGGAGGUGGAUUUCCGAGAGCUGAGCCUGGAGGAGGUCAUCGGGGUCGGGGGCUUCGGGAAGGUUUACCGCGGGACGUGGCGGGGCGAGCUGGUGGCGGUGAAGGCGGCCCGCCAAGACCCGGACGAGGACAUCAGCGUGACGGCGCAGAACGUCAGGCAGGAGGCGCAUCUGUUCGCCAUGCUCACCCACCAGAACAUCAUCGCCCUGAAGGGCGUCUGCCUGCAGGAGCCCAACCUGUGUCUCAUCAUGGAGUACGCCUCGGGCGGACCGCUGAGCCGGGCGCUGGCCGGCCGCCGCAUCCCGCCUCACGUCCUGGUCAACUGGGCCGUGCAGAUCGCCAGAGGGAUGGUGUACCUGCACAACGAGGCCAUCGUCCCCGUCAUCCACCGGGAUCUCAAGUCCAACAACAGUAAGUCCUUCAUAUCUCUCAGCUGUAGCUGCCCUUCCCCCACCUGUUUCUGUGGAUCCUUUACCAUCAUGUCUAACCUUAACCUUAACCUCCUCAUGGCUGCGGCUUCAUGAACAGGAAGAGAACUCAGACAGGUAGAUGUGUCAG